UAUAUAUAUAUAUAUAUAUAUAUAUGAUUUGAUGCCUGACUGUGUAUUUAAAAAAACCUACUAUAAAUACUCUCAAAUGUUGCAAUCUAUCUUCAGCCAGCCCUAGAACUGGAUUACAGCAUCAGGUCCUCUCAAUUUGUUGGAAGAAAAUUUUUUUUUUAAAAAAAAAGAGAUGCAGAUCUAUGUGAAUACGCUUACUGGGAAGACUAUUACUCUCGAGGUUGAGAGCUCUGAUAGUAUCGAUAAUGUCAAGGCCAAGAUUCAGGACAAGGAGGGAAUACCGCCUGAUCAGCAGAGAUUGAUUUUUGCUGGCAAACAGCUUGAAGAUGGUCGAACUCUGGCAGAUUAUAACAUCCAAAAGGAGUCUACUCUUCACUUGGUUUUGAGGCUUAGGGGAAGGACCAUGAUCAAGGUCAAGACUCCGACUGGGAAAGAAAUUGAGAUUGAUAUCGAACCCACUGAUACCAUUGAUUGGAUUAAGGAACAUGUUGAAGAGAAAGAAGGAAUUCCACCUGUGCAGCAAAGAUUUAUUGUGCAAAGGAGCAGUGCAGAAAGAGAUGAUCGAUAGUUUCUUUUUCCUCGCAGAAAGAGCAGUUGUUCACCAAGUUCACUAAACAUCUUCUUCUGUGUACAAAAUCAAAGAUAGGAAUACCUCCUUUUAGAACUUUCCAACAGAAAAUCUCCACUUUAGGUGAGGCGAUUUCCUUCCUGAUAUACUUGAUAAUUCGUAUUACAGUUUCAUGUAAAAUAUUGUAUUUGAAUCGAGUUUUAUAUAAAAAUUACAUAUCACGUUUGGAUCGACAAGAAAAUA